AGGGCAGAGGCUUUCAGUAGAGGGGAGCGGCUCAGAGCAGGGAAGUACAGCGCUGCGCUACAAGAACUGAGCAAACGAGCAGAAAAGUACACAUUCCUGAUCCUUCGGUCUUUCCAAAAGUCCCCAAUGGGGUCACACAGGCCAUGGUUACUUGGUGCUGUGGUGCUGCUGGCACUCCUUCAGGUACAGGGAGGACUGGCAGAAUGGACACAGUGUCAAAUGGGAUUUUCCAAGGAAAGGUACAGCUUUUCGGUACCUAAGAACUUGGAGACAGACAAAGCACUGGGUAGAGUGAUCUUUAACAGCUGUGAGGGACCAGUGAGAAUUCAGUUUGCCUCUAAAGAUCCUAAUUUUGAAAUUCACAAAGAUGGCACAGUUUAUGUUAAGAAUCCUACCAAGAUGAAAGACAACAGAAAAACAUUCCGUGUCCUGGCUUGGGAGAAUCAAGGUCAUGUAUACUCUACCAGUGUAACCUUGAAAGGGGAAGGGCAUCACCAUAAGCAGGACAUUUCUUCUGUGAAACAUUCCCACCACCCAAAAUCUGAGACUGGUUUAAAAAGACAAAAAAGAGACUGGGUGAUUCCACCAAUCGUAACAUCUGAGAAUGAAAAGGGCCCAUUUCCCAAACGGCUUGUGCAGAUCAAGUCCAGUAAUGCAAAGGAAAUCAAGGUUUUUUACAGUAUCACAGGCCAGGGUGCCGAUACCCCUCCAGAAGGAGUGUUCACUAUUGGACGGGAGGAUGGAUGGCUAAAUGUGACACGACCUUUGGACAGAGAAGCCAUUGAUAGUUACACUCUUUUUUCUCAUGCUGUGUCAGUAAAUGGGCAAAAUGUGGAAGAUCCCAUGGAAAUCCAAAUUAAAGUACAAGAUCAGAAUGAUAAUGACCCAGUUUUCACACAGGAGGUCUUUGAAGGCUAUGUGCCUGAAGGGUCUAAGCCAGGUACGCCCGUCAUGACUGUAUCUGCAACAGAUGCCGAUGAUGCUAUAGACAUGUACAAUGGUGUGAUUACUUACUCCAUUCUCAACCAAGACCCUAAAGAGCCCAACAAUCAAAUGUUCACUAUUGAUUCCCAGUCUGGGUUGAUCAGCGUAGUUACAACUGGAUUAGACAGAGAGAAAAUACCAGUGUACACACUGACUAUUCAAGCUGCAGAUGGAGAAUUUGGGAAAGAUCGCACAACAACUGCAAAAGCUGUGAUCAUUGUGACAGACACCAAUGAUAACCCUCCUGUGUUUAACCCAACGCAAUACAUUGCAGAGGUUCCUGAAAAUGAAGUUGGAUAUGAGGUUGCACGUCUUACGGUAACAGAUGCAGAUAUUGAAGGGUCAGAUGCCUGGAAUGCUGUGUACAAGAUCAUUAAAGGAAAUGAGGCUGGCUUUUUCAGCAUCCAAACAGAUAUUGACAACAUUGGGCUACUGAAAACAGUGAAGGGUCUGGACUAUGAGCUGAAGAAGCAGUAUAUUCUGUCAGUCAUUGUGACAAACAAAGCUAACUUUUCUGUUCCACUACAAACUUCAACUGCAACGGUCACUGUAACUGUCACAGAUGUGAAUGAGGCCCCAGUAUUUGUACCAGUGUUGAAAGACGUGUCUGUGCCAGAGGAUCUGCCCAGUGGCCAAGUUGUUGCUACCUAUACCGCACAGGAUCCAGACAAGGAACAGAACCAGAAAAUAAGUUACUUCAUUGGAAAUGACCCAGCAGGGUGGGUGUCUGUGAACAGAGAUAAUGGGAUUGUCACUGGAAAUGGAAACUUGGAUCGGGAAUCAAAGUUUGUGCUAAACAACACCUACAAAGUCAUAAUCUUGGCCGCUGACAGUGGCACUCCUUCUGCCACUGGGACUGGAACCCUUGUGCUUAAUCUCAUUGAUGUUAAUGAUAAUGGCCCAUUUUUGGAUCCCCAACAAAAUAGUUUCUGCCAGAAGGAUCCAGGCUUUCGUGUAUUUAAUAUCAUUGACAAAGAUCUUUACCCUAACACAUACCCAUAUACAGUAGACCUGACUGGUGAAUCCAAUGAAAACUGGACUGCUACAGUGACAGAACAGAGUUUACUUGAGCUGAGACCUAAAAAGGAACUGGAUAUUGGACGAUACGAAGUUUUGAUCUCAUUGAGAGACAAUCAGGGACUGACAGAUGUGACAAAGCUACAGAUUACAAUCUGUCAAUGUAAUGGUGACCAAAUGCAAUGUGAGGAAAAGGCUGCUCAAGCAGGAGGUUUGGGGAUAUCAGCCAUAGUUGGAAUCCUUGGAGGGAUCCUAGCGCUUCUUUUAUUGUUGUUGCUGCUCUUACUGUUUGUACGACGAAAGAAAGUGGUAAAAGAACCUUUAUUACCACCAGAAGAUGAGACUCGGGACAAUGUAUUUUUCUAUGAUGAAGAAGGCGGUGGUGAGGAAGACCAGGAUUUUGAUCUAAGCCAGCUUCACCGUGGUCUAGAUGCUCGUCCAGAUAUAAUCCGUAAUGAUGUCGUUCCAGUUUUAGCUGCUCCCCAGUAUCGACCCCGUCCUGCCAAUCCAGAUGAAAUUGGAAAUUUCAUUGAUGAGAACUUGCAUGCAGCUGACAAUGACCCCACUGCUCCUCCAUACGACUCGCUCCUUGUGUUCGAUUACGAAGGCAGUGGCUCUGAGGCCGCAUCACUCAGCUCUCUUAACUCUUCCAACUCUGAUUUAGAUCAGGAUUACAGUGCUUUGAAUAACUGGGGACCUCGUUUCACCAAACUGGCAGAAAUGUAUGGAGGAGAUGAGGAUUAGAAUGUGCACUGCAAUACCAUUUUGAUUCUAAACAGUAAACUAAAAACCAUAAUUGUGUAUGCAGUCUUUGGAAUUCACUUUGUUUUCUCCUGCUCUUAAAACAGAGAUAAGGACUGCUCAAAAGUUACUCCUCCUGCUUUUGUAAAAUCGUUCAAAAAUAUUUUAUGUAUAUGUAUAUAUGAAAAAAUCGUAUUUUUUGUACUAUUUGUGUUCUUAUAUCCCUGCAAUUUGUAAUACAAGAGGAUCUUUAUCUGCUUAAUUAUAAAUAUAAAAUGCCCGAUAUGAUUCACUAUGAUUUUAAUGUGUUGAGAAAUCUUUUUUUAAAAAGGUUUCCAGACACCUGACGCUUGGAAGGGAAUUCCAUAAAAAUAUAAUUGAAUUGGGGGGAGAUUGUGUUUUGCCAUGGUCUGAUAUACAUUUUCAUAUAUAUACAUAUGAUCAUUCACAGAGUACAGUCAACAUUUGGAAUUUGAUGAGCUUGCUGGUCGAACUGAAAAAAAAAUGUAUUAUAGCUGGGGUAAAAAUUAAUGUAUGAGCUAAAUGGGGCACAAUUUUGAUAUCUCUGCAUUUGUAUUUUACUUGGCAUGUAUACUUUUGUAAUAAAAUAAAGAUAUACAUUAAUAUACAACAUA